AUGAUGAACCCAGCAGGAGCAAACCGCGACGCUGUCUCUAUCGCCCUUGGUGAACUUUGCGCGGGAGAAGAGGAAAAGGAGAACCUAGCGUCGUGGCUGACGAUGGCUCCGGUGGUACGCGUCGUUACUGGUGACGCCGCAAACGGCGGUUCACGGCUUCGACGGAGGCAGUGGCGCAUGUGUGUUGGAGGACGAGGCAUAUCCCUCUUUUUGCUGGCUCGUUCGGGAGAGAGGCUUCAGAUAUUAUCUGUAAGGGCUGAAGGGCCCAUUUCCCUCACUCCUUCCAGAAGCCCAAACACAGUUGUUACUCCAGCUCCAGCUGUUGAGAAACCGUUAGAGGAGAGAGCCAAAAGAACCACAAAACAGUCACGUUACCUAAAGGAUUAUGUGGUCACGUGUCCAGCAACCAGUAAGAAGGGGAAUUCGCAUCCUUACAUUGGUGCUUUCAUUGACCCUUACUCCAUGGCAGAAUCUUCCCUCCCCCAUGAUGAGCUCACCAAAUUAAAUAUAAAGCUUGAACAACUUUUACUCUCCCAUGCUAACCUUUCCAACACCCUUCACGAUAUCGCCAACCGCACCACAAUACUGGAAACUCAACCUCACCAAACCCACUCCCCCUCUCUUACCCGCCCCUUAAAAUUCGACCUCCCUAUCUUCAAUGGCUCUGAUGCCCUUGGUUGGAUCUUCAAGGUCAACCAAUUCUUCGACUAUCACCAAACACCAACAGACCAACGCAUUAAGAUCACGUCCUUUUACCUGGAGGGUCAAGCCUUAGCUUGGUUUCAAUGGAUGUUUAACAAUGAACUGCUUUCAUCUUGGGAAUCAUUCUUACGAGCUCUCGAAUUGCGUUUCGCUCCCUCUAAGUUCGAUGACCCCAUUGCAGAUUUGUGCAAGCUUACCCAGACUCAAAGCCUACAAGAUUAUCUAUCCGAGUUUGAAAUUUUGGCCAAUCGCAUCUCUGAUUAUCCACCCAGCUUUUACCUAAGUUGUUUCCUCUCUGGCUUGAAACCUUCUCUCCGCCGCGAGGUCACCGCUUUCCAACCCCCUAAUCUACCCCAUGCUAUUGCUUUAGCUAAACUACAUGAAGACAAAUUUCGUUCCUCCCUUCCACCACCCAACCGUUUCGGCCGCACAACCAUACCUCCUCCGCCCUUGACCACAAACCCUCAUACACAACCUAAACCUCUCCCUCCUCUACUACCCACACCACCCACCAAACUUCCCAUUAAACGCCUCUCUGAGGCAGAGAUGCAGGCCCGCAGAGAGAAAAACCUUUGUUUUAAUUGCGAUGAGCGCUACACACGGGGCCAUAAAUGCAAACCGCAAUUUCUACUCCUCACCGCAUUCGACAGUGACAACCAAGAGGACUGUCUCUCUUCUGCGAACUCGAUAGCUGUUGAGGACACCGCACAAGAAGCGGGGCUCAUCAGUCUUCAUGCCUUUUCGGGUCAAUGGACUCCUAGAACAUUUCGGGUCACAGGAUCCAUACAAGGUUAUGCUGUCCAGAUUUUGGUCGAUAGUGGGGCAACACAUAACUUCAUCCAACACAAAGUAGCCCAAUUCCUCCGUUUACCAUCACAAUCCACACCAAGCCCAUUACGUGUAAUGGUAGGUAAUGGUGAGUUUUUGCCAUGUUCUACUUUCUGUCCCAGUGUUCUACUCACUUUGGACAAACAGGAAUUUCCUAUUGAUUUGUACCCACUUGAAUUGUCUGGCACUGAUGUGGUUCUUGGGGUUCAUUGGCUUUCAUUGAUAAGCCCGUUUGUGAUGGACUAUAACGGCCCAUUUAUGCGGUUCAAUUGGAAAAAUAAACUUGUGGAGUUACAAGGGGAUCCGGGUCCAAAUCCCUCACCCAUUUCAGCCAACCAGCUCCGACGUUUACAAUCCACUAAUAGGGUUGAAGCCCUUUUUCAACUCACCAUGGACUCCCACCCUCUUCCAUUUCCUCCAAUCAUCACAACUUCAUCCCCUUCAAGUGCACCCAUUCCUUCCUCACCUGAACCUACACCACAAUCCCUAAUCUCCCAAUACCACACAUUAUUCUCCAUUCCCACUGCCCUUCCUCCACCACGCGCUACUGACCACUCAAUUACAUUAAACCCAAACACAGCUCCUAUAUCAGUGAGACCAUACCGCUAUCCUUAUUUCCAGAAGCAAGAAAUUGAAACCCAAGUUCAGAGAAUGCUGGAUUCCGGUUUCAUCAAACCAAGCAACAGUCCAUUCUCCUCUCCAGUCCUUCUCGUCAAAAAGAAAGAUGGCACGUGGCGUUUUUGCGUGGAUUACAGGGCCCUCAAUGCGGCUACCGUUAAGGACAAAUUCCCAAUACCCACCGUCGACGAAUUACUCGAUGAAUUGGGACAUGCAUUCUGGUUUUCUAAGUUGGAUCUUUUCUCGGGUUUUCAUCAAAUACUCAUGGUACCGGCUGAUUCUGAGAAAACUGCAUUUCGAACUCACAAUGGACACUUCGAGUUUCAAGUAAUGCCGUUUGGCUUAUGUAACGCACCCUCCACUUUUCAAGCUACUAUGAACGAUUUAUUUCGUCCUCAUUUACGCCGCUUCAUCAUAGUGUUCUUCGAUGACAUCCUUGUGUAUAGCGCGACUCUCUCUGAGCAUGUCAGCCACUUGGAGACCACUUUCCAGUUACUGUUUUCAAACUGUUUCAGACUCAAGGGAAACAAAUGUUUUAUAGGGCACCAAUCCAUCCAGUACCUUGGGCAUAUGGUUUCCCAUGAGGGUGUUAAACCAGACCCGGAAAAGCUCGUCGCAGUAAGGAAUUGGCCUACCCCUACUACAGUCAAAUCCUUACGUGGCUUUCUUGGCCUCACAGGGUUCUACCGCAAAUUUGUUUCAGGCUAUGCAUCCAUUGCCCAUCCCCUCACUGAGCUCCUUAAGAAGGAUAAAUUUUUGUGGCAUGAUAUAGCUUCUGAGGCUUUUUUACAUCUGAAGAAUGCAUUACUAGCUGCACCUGUUUUGGCUAUUCCAAAAUUCGACUCUCUGUUCACGGUUCAAACAGAUGCUUCAGGAAUAGGCAUGGGGGCAGUUCUCUCACAACAGGGUCAUCCAAUUGCUUAUUUUAGUAAGCAAUUUUGUCCUAAACUCUGCAAUUCCUCCACAUAUAUACGCGAAUUGUGUGCCAUAACUACUGCCGUUCAGAAAUGGCGCCAAUACCUCCUAGGUCGCCAUUUUGUCAUCCAAACAGAUCAACGAUCCAUUAAGGAAUUGUUAUCUCAGACACUUCUCACACCGGAGCAACAAAAGUAUCUUUUCAAAUUGUUGGGCUUUGACUUUGAAAUUCAAUAUCGACCUGGAAAAAGCAAUGCAGCAGCUGAUGCUCUCUCUCGACUUGAUGCUUCUACUCAUCCAGCCACAAAUUCGCUUAUGGUGUUGUCUAUCCCACAUUCAAAAUUCUUGUCCGAUCUCAAAUCAUCCUUACAAAGUAAUCACGAGUUUAUCACUCUAAGAGACAAGAUCACGGCUGACCCACAAGAUUUCCCUCUUUUUUCAUUAAAGGAGGAUCUCAUUCUCUUCAAAGACAAAAUAUGGCUACCUCAUACGUGCUCUUUCAUUCCACUCUUACUACACGAGUUUCAUUCCACUCCAAUGGCUGGUCACACGGGGAUUUCAUGGACCUUGAGUAAGCUAAUGACUAAUUUCCAUUGGCACACCAUUCGCAGAGAUGUUAAGGCAUUUGUUGAACAAUGCAUCACAUGUCAGCAAACUAAACUCCCUACACACGGCCAAUCUAGUUUACUUCAACCAAUCCCCCCCCCCCCCUUCUCGCUGUUUGGCAGAUCUCUCACUUGACUUUAUC